AUUAUUAUAGUCUCUCUCUCUUUCUCUCUCUCUCUCUCUACUCUCUCUACCUUUCUUCAUUCGGUAUGGUAAAAAUCUCCUGAUUUUCCCUCAUUUUCUGAGAUGUUGCAGGCUCUAACUGCGAUCGGUAAGAUGUGGAGUACGAAACAGAUUUGAAGAUGAUAUCUUAAUUCUGAUUUCUGUACAGUUGAAGUUUGGUGGGUGUUUUCGAUUGCGGAAACCCUAGCUGUUCGGAUUUAGUAUGAACAGUUGUGUGGUUUGAAAAGGGGAAGCGAUUCAACGGUGUGUUUUUAAUGAUUAUAGUUUCCGGUUUGGGUGAAAUAUAAAAGGUAUUUGCAUUCCAUGAAAUAUUCAGAGGGCCAAGUGAAAACAGAGGAAUUAGUUUCCAGACAUGGAGUGGAAUACAAAGUGGGACUGGGAAAACCAUGAAAUAUUCAGCUCAAAAGUUAUGGCAAGCCCUAAAAAGCUACAAACCAACUACGAAGAGGAAUUGGAUGGAUCUUUUAAUCUUUCCGGUGUUGUUGGUGGCAGCGGAGGGUCCGCCUCUGACAUGGGGAACAGCUCCAUAUCAGCUUCAACCGAAUCAUCAUUUAAGGACGGAAAUGGAAACGGAAACGGAAUCGGAAUCAGAGUUUCCAAAUUCCCAUUCCAGGGUUUCGCAGGCUUUCCCAACUCUUCAAAGAAAGAAUUUGAAUCGCCUCCGCCAUCAGUUAGCUCCGGCGAACCGUUCAUCGGUUUAAAACUCGGGAAAAGGACAUACUUUGAGAACAACAACUCAAAAACAUCAUCUUUCUCAGAUAUACCUAUUUCAUCGGUUUCUACAGUCAAGAAAGUCAAAUCAUCAUCAUAUUCCCAAACUACCCCUACCCCACGCUGUCAGGUUGAAGGAUGCAAUCUUGAUCUCUCAUCUGCAAAAGAAUAUCAUCGGAAACAUCGAGUUUGUGAAAGCCAUUCCAAAUCUCCCAAAGUUGUAGUCGGUACCCUUGAACGCCGCUUUUGCCAACAGUGUAGCAGAUUUCAUGGUUUGUCGGAAUUUGAUGAGAGGAAGCGAAGCUGUCGCAGGCGUCUUUCGGAUCACAAUGCAAGGCGCAGGAAACCACAGCAGGAGACCAUUCAAUUCAACUCAACAAACAUGUCUUCAUCAUUUUAUGGUGGGAGACAAAAUUUGAGUUUUGUUUUAAACAAUGGUGGCCCUCUGGUUCAAAGUAGACCACCUGCUGUAAGUUCAACAUGGGAAAAUUCAUCUGUCAACAUGCCUACUACUAUUGGUUUCAAUAGGUCAGUGCCAUUGAAAGCCACCAGAGUCGAGGCUCUUGAUCAAGGUUUUAAAGAGUCAUUGAGUCCUCCAAAUGUAGACGCGCUCGAUAUUCGUCGUGCUCUCUCUCUUCUGUCAAACAACACGUGGGGUGUAUACGAGUCGGAUUUAGUUGCGGUGGAGCAGCAUCACAAUCACAAUCACAAUCACAAUGGCAAUCCAAUCCAACAUGGGAUGCAGUCUGUUCCCCAACUGCCACCAGUGGAGGAAUACUGGCGGCAGCCUGAGCCACCCAUUGAUGCCGCCGCCAAAACAAGCAAUUCCAUUUCCACCACUCAAUUCCAAGACUUUCAGCUUUUUAAUCGCUUCUAUUCCAAUCCAAUUCCAAUGGAUGAAAUCUAUGAUGAUUCUUCCAUAUCCAAAUUUAAACUUGUUUAGGUGCUGCUCAUUCUUAGGGCUUCCCAUGCUUUGCCCUGCCCUUAUUAAUAACAAAGUCAGCAGGGGUGGGUCUCCGUACAACUGUCUAUUCACAUAUGUUUUGGUUGUUGUAUUCAUUUUGCAUUUCUUGACACGUGUAGUGUAGUAUAAUGUUGAUGUAUGGG